AUGCUGCAAGAACCCUCAGUCGCAAUGCCUGAUCCUGAUACGUCAUCACAAGGUUUGCAAACACUCAUGGAACGGCAGCCUGACGACUUUUGUCGCCUCAUGCCCAGUAACGGGGACACAGAACAGCGAACCGAAUUCUUCUCGCGAUAUUGCCAGGCCAAGGCCUACCCGUCCAUGGGCGGGGUCGUCCUUGGCUUCUUCACUGCCGUCCAGCUCAAACAGCUUGGCCUCUCCAACAUGGAAUCAACGUCGCGCUCACAUGACGAUGCAGAAGAGGACAACCUUGCCCUUUCCAUGAUGCGGCAGGGCGCGCAUUGGUGGCCGACUUGGGACCUAUACCAGCGCCACCGCGACCGCUUUAUUGACAAGCUCACACCAUAUGGCUUCCACUUUCCGCCACGUAUCAAUGUAGGUUACCCUUCUUCCGGCAGUGGGGUCUGGGUCUUCAAGUUCUCGGAAGACAUAAUGGGUCUCGGUGGCGGUGAGGCUGUCGAGCCUACUCUGGAGUGUAUGCCAGAAGGCUGGUACGAGAGGAUCAAUAUGGCGAUCACUGCCGAUGAGAGGUGCGAGGUUCUCAAGUCAUUUGGUGCCAAAUUUUAUGAAAUAGUGGAAGAGUGCGAAGACAUUCCAAGAACCCUUGAGGAAGGGCGUCUCAGAGGGGAAAGGUACGAGUUGCUGCUGCGUAAGAUGGAAGACGAUGAUUAUCUAGACAGUUGGCUAGAAUAUUGCGUGACGGAUACGGAUUGA